CGCGUGCCAGUGCCAGGUACGCGCCUCUUGCCUCUGACUAUCAUGGGCGUCCCCGAGCUCGGCGCGCCUGCAACGAGCAGCUCGCGCGUCACCCGCGCGCGACGUCUUACGGCGUUCUGCUUCGCCGCCAUCUGCCUCUCGUUCUUCGUCCCGGUCUUCCUCCUCGACGCGUUCGAUGAGGACGUGCCUCAGCGGCUUCCCAUUCAUGCAGAGGAGACGUUCAACAGAUGCCGCAACUUGCACACGAAGCCGGGUCCGCCCCCGGACUUCAACCUUCGCACGGAGUCGGAUCGUUACGUCCCUGGGACUAAGGCUACGUUCAUUAGGAAUGCAACUAUCUGGACGGGACGCGUCGAUGGUCUCGAGAUCAUCAAGGGGGACUUGCUCUUGGACAAGGGUCUAGUGAAGGGCUUGGGUGUCGUGGACCCGAAGGUCCUCUCGGAGUAUGCAGCCGAUGCUCUGAACACCGUCGAUGCCGGUGGGGCUUGGGUUUCCCCUGGCAUCAUCGACAUGCAUAGCCAUCUUGGCGUCGAUAGCGCGCCCGAGCUUCAGGGCGGCGACGACACCAACUCCCUCAAGGGUCUCGUCCUCCCCUGGCUCCGCAGCCUCGACGGCCUAAACACUCACGACGACGCGUACAAGCUCUCCAUCUCAGGCGGGCUUACCACCGCUGUCGUGCUUCCCGGCUCGGCUGACGCGAUUGGCGGUCAGGCGUUCGUGAUCAAGCUGCGGCCUACGGAGGAGCGCUCCCCGUCGUCAAUGCUGCUGGAGCCCCCCUUCACUCUGAAUGGCACCGAUGUGGACCCCAGCCUGCCGCCGCGCUGGCGACAGAUGAAGCACGCUUGUGGCGAGAACCCAAGUCGCGUGUAUUCCGGCACCCGCAUGGAUACCAUCUGGGCCUUCCGCCAAGGCUACGAGACCGCUCGCAAGAUUAAGGAGAGUCAGGACCAAUACUGCGAGAAGGCCCUCGCGGGUCAAUGGCACGGGCUUGGCGAGUAUCCGGAGGAUCUCCAGUGGGAGGCUCUCGUCGACGUUUUGCGUGGACGCGUUAAGGUCCACAACCACUGCUACGAAGCCGUCGAUCUCGAUGGCAUGGUUCGGAUCACCAACGAGUUCAAGUUCCACAUCGCGGCCUUCCACCACGCGCAUGAGACGUAUCUGGUCCCCGACUUGUUGAAGAAGAUGUAUGGCGGCCCUCCCGCCGUCGCCCUCUUCGCGACGAAUGCGAGGUACAAGCGCGAGGCUUACCGCGGCUCUGAGUUCGCGCCUCGCAUUCUGGCUGAGAACGGUAUCAAUGUCGUCAUGAAGAGCGACCACCCUGUGUUGAACUCGAGGCACCUGCUGUACGAGGCGCAGCAAGCGCACUACUAUGGUUUGCCGGCAGAGAUUGCGCUUCGCGCGGUCACGACGACGCCCGCGAUCAUCAUGGGCCAGGAUCAUAGGAUUGGUAUUGUGCGUGAAGGCUACGACGCCGACAUCGUCCUCUGGGACUCCCACCCCCUCGCCCUCGGCGCCGCCCCCCAGCAAGUCUGGAUCGACGGCAUCCCGCAGCUCGAGACACCGCACGUCGCAAAGAAGCCAGAGGCCUUCCAACAUGUGCCGAAGACGCCGGACUUCGAGAAGGAGAAGGAUGCGGCAGUCGAGUAUGAGGGGCUGCCGCCGCUUGAGCCGAGGAAGACGAUGUCGACUGUGGUGUUUACGAAUGUCACGAGCGUGUUCCUCCGGGAGAACAGCAAGGUCACGCAGGCGGUGCUUCCGAGCGCGCAAGUUAACGUGGUCGUGAAGGACGGCAAGCUUGUCUGUUACGCAUGCGAGGUUGAGGACAGCUUCGAGGGCGCGGAGUAUGUGAACUUGCAGGGAGGUUCUGUCGCUCCUGCGCUCAUCUCGUACGGAUCGCCGCUGGGGCUGGAACAUAUUGCCGCCGAAGAUUCCACGGCAGACGGCGCUGUGGGCGACCCGCUGACCGCGAAGCAGCCCUCAAUCCUGGGCGGUGAUGGCGCGCUCAUCCGCGCGGUCGACGGCCUGCAGUACACGACGCGGGAUGCGCUCAUCGCCAACCGCGCCGGCGUCACAACUGGGGUCGUCGCGCCCACGUCGUACGGCUUCCUGAGCGGCCUGAGCACCGCCUUCUCGACAGGCGCCGCGCACAAGCUGGAGAGCGGCGCGGUUGUGAAGCCCAUCACAGCCCUGCACGUUGCGAUCAGCCUGGGCUCGUCAACGAGCGUGAGCACGCAGAUUGCGGCGCUGCGCAAGCUGCUGCUCGGCGGGGGUGAGGGCGAGGUUGCGCUGGCUUUCAGGGAUGUUGUCGAUGGCGUGCUCCCGUUGGUUGUCGAUGUGCACAGCGCCGAUGUCAUUGCCUCCCUCAUCUUACUGAAGGCGGAGAUCGAGCGCGAGAAGAACACGCGGAUACAGCUCACCCUAUCCGGCGCGACUGAGGCCCACUUGCUCGCGAAGGAGAUCAGCGAGGCCAACAUCGGGGUCAUCAUCAACCCGUCUAGGCCCUUCCCUGGUUCAUGGGAAUCGCGUAGAAUUCUCCCUGGCCCGCCGCUUACGGAGUACAACGCGCCCGGGAAGCUGCUCGAACACAACGUGACCGUUGGUAUCGGCAUCCAGGAGCCCUGGAGCGCGCGCAACACGCGGUUCGAUGUCGCUUGGGCCGCACUGGAGAUGCCGGAGGAGAUAUCGAAGGCGGACGCAAUUGCGCUCGCGUCUACCAAUCUGGAGAAGCUGCUGGGAUUGCCGGCGGAGGACGGCGACCUCGUCUUGACGGCCGGGGGCGAUCUGCUGUCCAUGGAGAGCAAGGUGGCGGGUAUUGUAUCGCCCAGGAGGGGUGUCGUGGAAUUGUUGGAUUAGGGCCUCGAGUUGUAACUACCAAUGCUGACUGGUUCGAGCAGUGUCAUACACGAGUGAACAGCACCGCCGACUCCUUGACUGACGACCCCAGCACGCCUGAUACACGCGGUUUCUUCAUGUCGCUUGCCCGCUGUGAUAAGCCGUGAUAACGGGAUCAAGCACACGUGUUGUUGAUCCACGGGACCUAUUUCUGCUUCCGUUUGCAUUUGUUUCCGUAUGUUUGCGC